AUGUCAACAACGCAUGGCCGUACAGCAUACACGCUCGCAGACAUGGAAGAGAUUGCCAACCUCAAACUCCCGGAUGAUGUUUGGGAAUACCUGGAAACUGGAGCACACGAUAAUUGGACCCUGCUGCAACCAAGGAUGCUCAGAAAAGUUUCUGUCAUAGACAUGACAACAACCAUCUUCGAUAAACGUUACAACAUCCUGAUAGCGCUUGUGCCCAGCGCGUAUCAACGACUUGCCAGCAGCGGAGGAGAAUUGGAUUCGUCCGCCGCCAGUUUCGACAUGGGUACUAAUUUCACGCUUUCUUCGAAUGCGACUACCUUUUUGGAGGAUGUCAUGCACUCCUUGCCGCCUCGUGAUGAUAAUCACCCCAGACCCUGGUUCCAGCUCUACUUUCUGGGGCCCCGUGGUACUGCAGCAGCCUUUGUUCAGCGGGCAAAAAGGGGAGGCUUCGAAGCUUUGGUUUUGACAAUCGAUACGCUGGUGCUCGACAAUCGACUGCACCAGAGGCAACAUCCCCUUGAGCUGCCCAAACAUCUUAUAUUGUACAACACUUCGAACCGGAAAGCCGGCGCCGUUCAUAAGUUCAUUGUUGCUCACACGAUCUAA